UUCAUCAAGAGACAUGAGCUAACAUGACGAGAUUUUGUUGGAUUCUGCUCUGCCCCGAAUGACCGGAAAACACAUGAUAUUUUCAAAGUAUGGCUUUUGUGAUGCGGAGUUUGCGAGAUUUGUGUAAAGUAUACAAUGUAAACACGGGAAUGACGUAUUGCGUCCUUCGACAACCUGUCAACCGAAUAUCGCUUGUUCUAUCAGCGCAAAAAUAUUGCUACAGUACCGAAACAACAGAUCGCCCAAAGAUUACUAGUAAUCUAACAAACAUACAAUCAUUGAUAAAUGAAACCGAAUCCGUGGUACAGGAUGCAGCAACUCAUAAAAAACAAAGUGAACAACAAAAAGAAGAUGAAGAGGAAAAAGCAAAUCGUGAAAGAUCAAAAAGAAUGAUGAAUUAUGGAUUUGCAGCAUUUGGUAUAUCCAUGAGCCUUGGCUUUACUUAUUUAGUAUACGAAUUAGGAAGACCUAAUUAUGAUGAACAUGGAAAUGUCAUUGAAGAUGAAUUUUCUCAUUUACCAUUCUUUGAACAAAUCUACAAAAGAGUCAGGAGAGAACUAAAUUAUUAUACAAGAUUAGUACAGGAACCCAGUAGAGAAAAGUUAUUACCUGAUCCAUUGAAACAUCCAUAUAUUCAGCCACCCUAUACCUUAGUUUUAGAGUUGACAGAUCUUCUUGUACAUCCAGAUUGGACAGUAAGUAUCUUGGAGUUUUAAUGUAAUUUAAUUCAGUAAUUGUA